AUGGCUAGGUUUAGGACUACGAACAUCAAUAAAAAACGAAGUGUUGGCUUCUGGGGCUUCGGGCAAGCUGCUGAGAUUAGCAGAUAUCUAGUCGACUCCAGGAGUGAAGGUACAACCAACAAUUACUUCUGUAGUUUCAAAAAGUUCGAAGAAUUUAUCAACGCUGAGGGCAAGAGGGCGCUACCUGCUGAACCUAUACACAUUGCUUUAUAUUUAACUAGUUUGAUUGACGCCUGUAAGUCCUCAACAGUUAUCCAAGGCGCUUUAUACGCCAUCAAAUGGGCACAUAAACUGAAGGGUUUAGCCGAUCCAACGACCAAUGGCUUUGUAGUUCAUUUGGUGGAAGCCGCUAAGAGAAAAAGUUACACGAAAACGACGAAGAAGGACAUCUUAACGAAUGAGCAGAUAGUCAACCUUUGCGACAAGUAUAAAAAGAUACACAAGACAUUCUCGUUCUGA